AGCAAUGAAAAGUGUAUAAAUACCGCAAAAUUGUGUCCCAAUGUUUCACAUCUGAGUUUCAGUCAGCAGCGACAGAUCUCAUCCACAAAGAUGCGUGCUUUUACUCUGUGCCUCCUGGCCUGUAUGGCCGUCUCAGCCUACGGCAUCGCCUCCUACAACACCGCUACAGAGAAGAUCAAGAACAGAUACCUCGUCGCUAUCAGUGAUGAUGUCGAAGUAGGUGAUUUUGCCGAUCGUCUUCAGACGGCUUUUAACACUCGUCGAUUCAAGCUUGGAAAGGUCCUCAAAGUUUUCCGUGCAGUCAGGGCCCUCUCUCUUGAACUCAGCGAUGAGGCCGUUGACUUCGUUCGCCGCUUUGAUGGAAUCGUAACCGUUGAAGAGGAUGGUGUAGUCCGUGCACAGGCCGUCUCUUCAUGGGGUCUUGAUCGUAUCGACCAGAGGAACCUCCCCAUGGAUAACAACUACAACUCUGCCUACGAUGGUUCCAACGUCAACGUCUACGUUGUCGACACCGGUAUCUGGGCUACCCACAACGACUUCGCAGGCCGUGCCACCAUCUUUUACGACGCUGUCGGAGGCAAUGGCAACGACUGCAACGGACACGGAACUCACUGCGCUGGUACCGUCGGAGGAACCGAAUACGGAGUGGCCAAGAACACCAACCUCUUCGGCGUCCGUGUUCUCAACUGCCUCGGAUCUGGGUCAUACAGUGGAAUCGUUGACGGUAUGAAUUACAUUGCCACCUAUGGAAGCAAGCCAGCCGUUGUCUCCAUGUCUCUCGGCGGAGGAGCCUCCUCCCUCAUCGACAAUGCCGUCAGGAGCCUCUACACUCGUGGAUUCUUCGUUUCCGUAGCUGCUGGAAACAGCAACGACAACUCCUGCAACUACUCCCCAGCUCGCUCUGGCUACGCCAUGACCGUUGGUGCUACCGACCGUAGUGAUUCCCGCGCUUCCUUCUCCUGCUACGGCUCUUGCGUCAACAUCUGGGCUCCUGGUGUGGACAUCACCUCCACCUGGAUCCGCUCUGACAGUGCCACCAACACCAUCAGCGGUACCUCCAUGGCCUGCCCACAUGUCUCAGGUGUUGCAGCCCUUAUGCUCCAGGCAAGCCCCAGCGCCGCCCCCGGCACCAUCGGCAACGACUUGCUGAGCACCGCUACCCCUGGACUGGUCACAGACAUUGGAUUCCUUUCCCCAAAUCUUCUCCUCUUCACCAACUAAACUAUGAAGUAUUGACGAUUUUUCCGAUUGGUGCAAUAGAUCAUGUAGAGUGAUUAGAAAGUAAUAAAUUUUGUUAUGUAAUUAGA